AAAAAAAAAAAAAAAAAAAAAAAUAUGCAAGAAUAUUAUCACGCUUCCCAUAUAACUCAACCUUUUAAUUAUGUUUUUGAAUACGGUCUUUUCAUUCUUAUAAUGAUUAUUUUUUAUUCUACUUUAGAUUUAUCAAAGUUAAAGUUGAAACAUUAUGGGUUUCCACAGCAUGUAACAGGAAAUGAAAAGUGGACAACUGAUUUCAUUUAUCCAAAUCACUGGAAAAAUGGUUCAAUCGUUGAAGUUUCUCACAAGAUUGGACAAGAUAAUCAAACGCGUAUAAUAAUUCCUACAUCAAAAAUUUUUUUUUUGUUAGGAUAUGUGUUUAUGUUUUUUAUAUUAUCAUGGAUGUGGGAACCAGUAACUAAAAAUAUAGAAUGUGUUAAAACGUCUUCAACGCCCGAAUUAUAUUGAAUGUAAUUUUGGCAUUAUUUAGAUUUUUUUUUUCUUUUCUUUUACACACAUGCUAAUGAAUGAUUACUAGCUUACUAACAAAUCCAGAAAUAGAAAUAUUAAACUAUAUCCCGUUUAUAUCUGAAAAACAAAUAAAAACUAAUUGGUUCCGUCAAAAUACUUAAUUAAAUAUUAUCUUAUUAAGAUAAUUAAUAGUAAACUUACUAAUUAGCUUCCGGUAACAACUC